AUGCUUUUGUUACUGAUAAAUACAUGUACAUUUAAAUUGAUUUUGUUCUGUCUGUGAUUUUGUAGAUCUGGAUGUUCAGCUGGUCUCAGAUCAAGCAUCCUCCUCUGUACUGACUCCACUAUCCCCACCUUCAUCCCAUUCAUUAGAUUCCACAAUUAUCCUGGAGUCCAGAAGAAUGAGGAGGAACCCAACAGGGUUAAUGGAGCAGAAUGAAGCAAGACAGAAAGUUGAUUGUGUUCUGAGGGUCAAUCCAAAGGGUGAGGAAAUCUUCAAGGAGUAUGAAAAGACCAAAACUCUAACAGAUGCCACACAUAAACAGAUGGUGAACGUCCUGGUUGCAGACAUGUUAGAGCUACAUGGGAGGAUUCCAUCCUCAAGUUUGAGGACCAGUUAUGCACUGGGAAUUGUGACACUUUUUCCAUACCUCCAAGAUCCUUUCUCCAAACAUGGAUAUGAACACUACUAUGAUCCUGAGGGUAAUACUGGCUUCAUUGCAUGGAGAAUCAAGACAGUUCAACAUAACACCUGUGCUGGCUCCCGGUGUCAUUCCAAGACUGUUCUUCAGGAUGGUCCAAAAACCAGACGAGAAUCUCUGUUAUUCUGUCAACAGCGAUUUGAUGAGGAGUGCAGGGAGGCAAUAUCUACAAUACGAUAUUCCACUGAUGAAUCUGUGGUCAAAGAGAAGAUGAGCGAAUUUCCAGUAUUGACAGAAGGUGGUCAGUGAGGAUGCAUCAUCUUCAGUCCUGGAUUUGUUCCCUCGUUUCCUUGCUGUAUCUGGAUUGGUAAGAAAAUCUUUAGCUUUGGAAGUAGUUUUGAAAAGGAAAUGACCUUCUCUGUAGUUAUUAAAUGAGUUCACUGGUACAGCAGAGAAAGGAGUUGUUCAAUGAUCACCAUAACAACAACAGGCCGGUCCAA